ACACGGUACAGAGAAAGGAUAACCGAGGGAGAAAAAAAAACCCCCCGCCUGGUGUGUGGUAAAUGACGUGUGGUGGUGGGAAUGUCUAAUGAAACCCGCUGGGAUACGAUGGGCUUGUGGAUUAUGUGGCGGAGCGAAGAAGUUUCAUUUGCACUGGUUACGGUACGUGUGGUCACGUCGGGAUGAUUGCCACCGGGUGGACGUGAUGGUGAUGUAAUUGAUGUGAUAAGGUCAACCCUUGAUCAACCCUUGGAAGGUGGGAAGAUGGAUGCACUUACGCAUCUGCAACCGAGAGUACGAGCGGAUGCUUAUUUGCCGUGUGCACAGAUGUGUCGCCGGAAUCUUCGUGGAAGUAACAACGUGCACAACCCAAAAAAAAACGAGUAGGGCCUAACAAUGUCGCGAUGUAAAUUGGGCAAAGCUGUGUCCUUUCCAACACCGACCCGCCACGAGUGGUCCAAGACGUAUUUGGCACGUCCGAAGGACCAUCUCAUUGCCCAUCCGGACAGUCUUCUGAAGCAACCGUUUCGUCCAUCGUACGAUAAGGACGGUGAUCCAACCAUGGACUGUUUGCUCGAGUGGUCGUACGCACGCAUUUGGCAGGCCGAAGCUCAAACCUUUCGCUACAAUCGUACGCUUACCGGAAGCCGGGAAAAGUCAGCCAAGAAGAAAUAUCCCGUCCAAACCGCCGAUCGUAAGCCAAAAACGUCCGACCUGCCCAAGGAACGCUUCACCAUGAAACGGUUCCAGAACGUGUCGGCAAAGGUUGAUACGGGCCGGGCAGUCCCAUUGCGCCCAUUACGUACCUGCUGAAGCGGCUGCCAUCACCACUACACCUGCACCUUUUAUAAAGCUUAUUAUUACCACUCGAAAUCACAACUUUACCCACGUGCCCUUAAAACAACGUGCAUCGCUGUGAAAAUGGCCCGAACGAAAUUCUCUCUCCCUCUCUCUCUCUCUCUCUCAAAAUUGUUCUAACCGCUCCCGAAAAUCCGCUCCAAUUCCAUCUCCAGUAAACACAUGUGCGUUUCGAUCAAAUAAGUGUGAGUGAAACACCACCAGUAGCAGCAGCUGUCAAAAUGUCCUUCAGUCAACACAAACACGUUUUACGCUCGGCCGCCCAAUGUGUUCGAAAAGGAAGGAAAGCGCGUGUGGGAAAAUAAAGGGCAAACGAAAAAAAAAAGCGAAAACGAGCAGAGAAAAACACUUCCUUCCUCAAAUAAGGGGUUUUGUCUCGCAGUUCUCGAGUUUUGUGUUUUGUGUGCAUAUAUAUAACCUUUUGUCAGCAUGGCUAUCCUGUAGGAAAGGUUUUGUUUGCUUUUAAGUUCCCGUUUUUUAUGGCAGUGUUUUUGCGUGGUGUAGCUGACCAACCAUUCACAAGGGACCUGAGCGUGGCUGUGGGCUGUGCAACAAAAUUCAGCAUCCAUCAGCAGCAGCAGCAACACGAUUUUGAUUACGUACCAAUUUUGUGGCCUCCUCCAACCGUCGUACACCGCCGUCCCCAACGGGGUUGCAUUUGCGUCACCAGCUUCCGGAUGGCAAAGUUACGCAGCAUCUUCAA